AUGUUUAAAAAGAUGACUGAAUUUGGUCCAGAUUCCGGGGGGAGGGUUAAGGUAAGGUUACUCCACAGCGUUCGGAUACGGAAAGAAACGCAUGAGCAGAUGCGCUUAAUGUUUACCACUGUCUGUUUAUUAUUGUCUUGUAUAUAUUUUUUUACGUGAACAAAUCAAUAUGAUUUCCAUUUCUUCUCUUCAGGGAGUAACCAUUGUGAAGCCUAUCGUAUUCGGAAACGUCGCUCGUUACUUUGGGAAGAAGCGAGAGGAGGAUGGACACACACAUCAGUGGUCUGUUUAUGUGAAGCCUUACCGAAAUGAGGUGAGGCGUCCACGUCAAUUCAAACCUUUUCAGUGACUGUUUUUACUGUGUUUUGUGAUGAUUAUUUACAGUAUUCACCUUGUUGUUUCAGGAUAUGUCCGCUUACGUGAAGAAGAUCCAGUUCAAGUUGCAUGAGAGCUAUGGUAACCCACUGAGAGGUGUGUGAGACCUUUACACAGCUGAUAUUUGAGGACUAAAAUAUGCGUCUGUUGUACUUUUGUCUGAAAUAACGUCUUUUUUUUACUAGUUGUGACCAAGCCUCCAUACGAGAUUACAGAGACAGGAUGGGGCGAGUUUGAGAUCAUCAUCAAGAUCUUCUUCAUCGACCCUAAUGAGAGACCUGUAAGAGCAACUAGAAGUAAACGCGCUGUUACAAAUGUGAUACUUCAAACCUUACAUCCUCAUAUGUUUGCUGCAUUGGGCUUGUAUGUGUCUUAGGUGACUCUGUACCACCUGUUGAAGUUGUUCCAGUCAGACUCCAGUGCCAUGCCUAAGAAGACAGUUGUGUCUGAAUUCUAUGAUGAAAUGGUACGUCUACUUUCAUGCUGUAGGCAAAAACUCAAAACUACCGUUACUUGCUGGAAUCAUUUAAGAAUUUUUGUUGAAAGAUGUCAUCACGCUUUGAUAUGAAUUUAGCUCCGAAAUUGUGCUUAGUUGUGUAUUGUCCUUGACAACAAAGUCUUACUUCACCAAGACUUUUGUGUCCACUACCGUCUGGCAGAAGGCACAGGAGUCUGCCAGCACGCACUAAAAGACUGAAGUACAGUUACUACCCAUAUUCAGUUUGUUAUCUAAACUCCUGGCAGUACCACCAGUCAAUACUCUGUACAAUAACCCACUUAACUGUGCAAUAUUAUCUGUGAUAUGCAAUACAGCAGUGUGUACACCAUUAUUUAUCAUGUGCAAUACGGCAAUUUUCAUACCUCAUUUAUCCCACCGACUUAUCCUCCAUUUCAUAUAUUUACACUCAGCACCUUUGUAAAUAUUGCACUUUGUAAAUCUUUCUCCUAUACUUUAAUUUGUCUUUAAAAAUUUUUGCAUUCUUUUUAUUGUAAUCCUCUUAGUACUUAUUGUGUCUUUUUUUUAUCUGUACUCCUUUGAGUCAAGCGUUCCUCUCAUCCAGGGCAUUUCAUUGCACUGUUGACCUUGUUUAAAGUGCACAUGACAAAUUAACAAAUCUUGAAUCUUGAAUCUUGUCUUUUGCAUCCUCAGAUCUUCCAGGAUCCUACAGCCAUGAUGCAGCAGCUCCUGACCACGUCAAGACAGCUCACACUAGGAGCAUACAAACAUGAGACAGAGUGUAUGUACAAACGCAAUGGAUAUUACUGCAGAAGUGUGUGUGUGUGUGUGUGUGUGUGUGUGUGUGUGUGUGUGUGUGUGUGUGUGUGUGCGUGCAAAGAGCCACAUGUAAUACUGAGUCACAGAUAUCAUAACGGUUUGUGUGUGCUUGCUUGUGUCUACAGUCAGUGAGCAGGAGCAGAGGACUAAGGAGAAAAUGGAGGCAGCAAAGAAGAGAACCAGCCAGGAGAUCACAGAGCUAAAAGAUAAACUCAAAGCCAGCCGAGAAAACAUCAACCAUCUGAAGGCAGAGAUCAGGAAACUUGAGGAGGAUGGAGACCACAAGGAGCACUGA